GCGGAACCCCGGCUCCCCCCCCCCCCCCCCAGCCUUCCUGCUUCUGCUGCGACACGGAAGCCGGACGCCAGAGUCUGCCUGGAGCCCUCGCCCGCUGCCAUGGCCCUGCCAGGCCCCCUGCUCCUGCUGGCCGCCCUGGCCCUGCGCUGGGCCCACGGGGAGAUACCCACCGUCCACCUGAUUGACCAAGAGGGCCCGAUCCUGGAGGGCAGCUCCGUGACCCUGGAGUGUCUGACGGACGAGGCCGGAGCUGACAUGAGCCAAUUCACCUUCCAGAAAUACAGUCCGUGGCUCCACUCCUGGGUCUCGCUGGACAAUCCCGACCGGCUGCGCUGCUGGUUCUUCGACGUGAACGUGACGCGGGCGGACGGGCGCCUCCUGCUGGCCAUCGGGGCCCUGCAGUCCUGGCACGCCGGGGCCUAUCGCUGCGUGGCCGCCAACGGCACCGGCAACGCCUCCGCCUCCGCCGAGCUCAGCCUGCGCGUGGAGUAUCUGCGCAGCGUCUUCGUGACCCGGGCCCACACCUGGUGCGGGACCGUGGGCGACUCGGUGGCCGUGAUGGAGGGCGAGGACGUGGAGCUGCAGUGCUCGGCCGACGCCUCCCAGCCCCCCGAGUACGAGUGGAGCCGCCAGGGGGCCGACUGGGUGGUGGCGUCCAGCGCGCUGAGCCUGCCCCACGUGAGCCGGGAGCAGGCCGGGACCUACGAGUGCCGGGCCCAGCACCCCAGCCUGCCCCACCUGGCGCGCAGCCGGGCCGUGCGGCUGGAUGUGCAGGGGCCGCAGAGCAGCUACCAGCUGGAGCCGGGCCUGGGGCUGAGCACCCCCGUGCUGCUGCUGGCCGUGGGGCUGCCGGCCCUGCUGCUGCUGCUGCUGGUGCUGGGGCUCAGUGUCCUCGUCCUGCGGCGCCGCCAGGCCGCCAAGAUCCCGGCCGGGGAGGAGCCCGGCCAGCGCACCCCCAUCUACAAGGGCAGCCUGGAGUCGGUCCCCUCGGUGGCGGGGGACCAGCAGCCCCUGGUGCUGUGAGCUGGGCCCGGCCCCCGGCACAGGCAGAACCGCACCGGCCGUCACAGACGAGAUUCAGCCACUUCUAUAAUCAGCGGUGGGGGGGAGGG